AUGGCUGCUUGUUUGGUAACACAUCCUUUAGAUUUGGCCAAAGUGAGACUACAAACAGCCUCAAAACCAGGUCAAUCCUUGUUUUCAAUGAUCUAUCAAAUCAUUACAAAAGAAGGUUUUUUCAAGAUCUACUCCGGUUUAACGGCAUCUCUUUUGAGACAAGCAACUUAUUCCACAACAAGAUUUGGUGUUUAUGAAUUCUUAAAGGAAACCUAUAUUGAAAAAACAAACAAUCAUAAGCCUAGCACUGCAGUUUUAUUGCCAAUUUCUAUGGUUUCCGGUGCAUUGGGUGGUUUAGUAGGAAACCCAUCUGAUGUUGUUAAUAUCAGAAUGCAAAAUGAUUCCACUUUGCCUAUCGAACAGAGAAAGAACUAUAAGAAUGCAUUUGAUGGUAUCUACAAAAUCAUUAAGAAUGAAGGUCCAGGCUCUUUGUUCAGUGGAUUGGGAGCAAACUUGAUUCGUGGGGUUUUGAUGACAAGUUCACAAGUUGUCAGUUAUGAUGUUGCUAAAAGUUUGUUAGUUGAUAAAUUGCACUGGGAUCCAUCUACUCAAAGUACACAUUUCACUGCUGCAUUCAUAGCCGGUGGUGUUGCAACUACUGUUUGUUCUCCAGCAGAUGUUGUUAAAACCAGACUUAUGUCUGGUGGUGCAACUGGUGAAAGCGGUGUGUCAAUUUUAAAGAAUGCUUUAAAGAAUGAAGGUGUCGGUUUCAUGUUCAGAGGUUGGUUGCCUUCUUUUAUCAGAUUAGGACCUCAUACAAUUGUUACUUUCCUUGUUCUUGAACAAUUGAGACAGUUCUACAAUAAAUACAAACAUAAUACUCAAUAA